AUGAGUACAAGCAGGGGAAGCGGUGCCGGCAAUGGGGGCGUGGUACAACCCAUUCCGGCGGGGUCGCGGAAGGUGGUGCAGAGCUUGAAGGAGAUAGUUAACUGUCCGGAGGCGGAGAUCUACGCUGCUCUCAAGGAGUGUAACAUGGACCCCAACGAGGCUGUCAAUCGUCUUCUCGCUCAAGAUCCUUUCCAUGAGGUGAAGAGCAAACGAGAAAAGAAAAAAGAGGGUAAAGAUCAACCUGAGUCUAGGUCUCGUGGUGCUAAUAGUAACUCAAGUCGAGUUAGUAAGUCUGGUGCAGAUCGUCAAUAUGGCCGCGGUUCUUCAGCACAAUAUUAUACUUCUGACUCUUCAUUGCAUGGGAAAACGACAUACAAGAAAGAAAAUGGUUCAGGUCCUUAUUCAAGUUCGUUAUCCUCAGUACACGGUGGGUCAGGGAAUAAUAGAAGCAGAGGACCUCCAGGCCCCAGGUAUUCUCUGUGUGAACUUGUCGUAGUUAAGCAGAUAUUAGAAGUCUGUACUUUUCUGGUACAAUGUAUGAUAUGA